AUGGCUACUCCGUUCAACCCGUUUGCUGGUGUUCCUCGUGGCCAGAGAGGCGGACCAUCGACAGGUGCAAAUGGCCGUGGCCGCGGCGCACCAUGCAAUCGUGGCUCUCAACUUCAAACCCGAGGAGGAUCCAGCACAUUUAGGGGACCCAGGCAACGUGGCCGGGCCCGAAGCACAGGCACUUUUCCAAACCGCGGUCGUGGCGCUGGCGCUGCGGCUGCUGGCUCAUCUCAUUCAGUCACGGCUAAGCAAGGAGCUGGUCCUCAAAACGGCAAUUCGCCGUUCGCUCAGAUCAAUCAACAAAAACCUUUCUCGUCUCCUUUCGGUGUCCCGGCCCAGCAACCAGCACAGCCCCAAAAUAACUCGCCCUUUUCCGGAAUCACGAAUGGAGCACAUACCCUGAACUCGAAUCGUGCGCGAGGGGGGUUUCGAGGUGGUGCCAGAGGAGGCGCGCCGAGACAUAAUCAGUGGGUAAAACCGACAAGGAAGAUGAAUAGCGUUCCUGGACAGCCAGUUCCUGUGGAGGAUAGCUCUAUUCUGGCACAAUACCAUCAACGAUAUGACCAGCUCAAACUCGAUCGCGCAAAGGAAAGGCAACAGGCCAUUAAGAAUGGCCACAUGGCCGAUCCUGACCAGCCUACGUCUCUCAACCAGGCAAUCACGCCAGUCGGAACAUGCGAGGGUAUGUGUCCCGAAUUCGAAAGCAUUGAACGCAUUGUACAAAAAAUGGUGGAUAAGUGCGAAAAGUAUCUCCACCCGUCGACCAAUGCCCUUCAGAAUAUGGAAUGGAAAAUGCUCAAGCGUUUCCGAAGAUCAGCAGCAGGCUACGAUGAACAGCUUCCUUCCGAUAUUCGAACUCCCAAGGCCCUUCUCCAGACUACUAACUAUCUGAUUCGACAUGUUCUUGGUGGAUCCGAACCGCUAGCACUAAUUCACAAAUUUGUCUGGGAUCGAACUCGAUCCGUUCGUAACGACUUUUCGGUCCAACAGGUUACCCAGGAAAGCGACGUGAGAAUAGCAGUGACCUGUCUGGAGCGAAUUGCCCGAUUCCACAUCGUCUCGCUUCAUUUACUGUCAAACCCGGCGAGCGAAGAACCUUUUGACCGGCACCAAGAACGCGAGCAACUCAACAACACCAUGCUUUCCCUUAUAUACUACUAUGAUGAUAAUCGUGGUCGCAUCGUCUUCCCAAAUGAGGAUGAAUUUCGUGCAUACUACAUCAUCUUUUCCAUCCAUGAUCAACGACCCGACCUGGAGGCUCGUGUGCAGAAGUGGCCGGUGUCUUUGCUCGAAUCCCCUCGCGUCCAAGUGGCCAUGGAGCUUUACACAGCCUCGUGCAAUACGUGGCAACCCCAAGGUACUCUUGAUUCACGCCGACCGAAUGCAAUUGCCCAGGGUUUUUACACGCGAUUCUUUAAUAUCAUCAACUCGGGCAGUGUCUCGUACCUCAUGGCAUGUGUGGCUGAGAUCUACUUCAACUACGUUCGACAGACAGCUAUUCGGACCAUUUGGAAAGGAUACUGUCGAACGCCAAUAUCCCAGCAACACAGAAACGAGGAGUGGACAGUCGAUGAAUUAACCCGGGUCUUGCAUUUCGACGAUGAGGAACAGACAACGAAGUUUCUUGAGGAACAAGGUCUUGAGCUUGCUUUCAAUGAGCAGGAUCAGCAGUAUUUGAACUGGGGCUCCCGUCACAUCGAAUCUGUCGAAUUCUCUCCGUCGACAGAGCACGCCUAUUCGGAAACAUUUGUUGAAAAUAAGCGUUCUGGAAGAAGCCUGGUAGCCAUCGUUCUGGGUAUGGGCAUCCGAGAAGCAGCACGUAUGGGAAUGGUCGAUCAAUCUUCUCUUCACGAACGUAGUGCUCCAUCGCCGAAGGAUAUCUCGCUUGACCAAGAUGACUCUCUUUUCGUCUCAAGCAUCGGUAAUGGGGUUCCAGAACCGGUGGUUGAGAUCAGUGACUCUCCACUGGGAUCAGAAUCGCCUGCGCCUAACAGUCCAAGUCUUUUCCAAAACUCUACACCACCGACGUCUGUGAACUUACCAGUGAGCACGCAACCAAGCGUUCUCCCUGCCACGUCGCAGCCUGUGAAUCCAUUCCAAGCGCCCCAGCCUCCCAAUCCAUUCGGUUCAAUGUUCUCUGGCACUGCUUCAGAUGAACCGACCCUGGCGACAACCUCCGCUGCUACUCCAGCCGUGCCAUGCAACCCCUUUGCAGCUUCGCAAAUAUCGCAAGCUCAGAGUCCGUUCCAAACUUCAUCUUCGUCUUUCGCGUUCCCCAAGCCGACAGAGCCAGCCGCAGCGACCGGGAAGGAAGACACCCCGGCAGUAUCGGCAGCAGAAACUCCAAACCCUUUCGGCACAUUCAAGCCAUCACAGACUCUCGGCAAACCUCCAAGCUCCUCUCCUGCUCCCCCCCCAAACAUCCUCGAUAUUUACGAAUGGCGGGGCGCCCAGAAUCCUUUUGCCUUUUCUUUGGGCCAGAAACCCUCCGAAACACCCAAGGAAGCAGAUUCCUCUACUACCAGCACAUCAGCAACUCAGCAAACACCUUCUUUCUUUGCUCCUACCAAAUCACCUUUCUCUCCUGUUGAAGCUAAGGAGCCUGUCUCGCAGAACACAACUUCAACGGGAAUCUUCGCUCCAACUACGAAUCCCCUCAAUUUUCUUGCCCCCCAAAAUAUUUCUCAAUCUUCUCAGUUGUCUGCAUCUAUCGGCCCUGGUAUCAGUUCCACCCAGGAAUCCUCGAGCAUUUUUGAAUCCGUCAAGCCCCCAAGCUUCAGUGGCUUCUCAAAUCCGUCGUUGUUCGCUCCACCAAAUGACAACAAUAAGGAAACGAAAAACACCCAACCAACGAUAACACCUACCUUCGAUUUCUCCAAGUCCGUUCCAGCAAAACCUCAACCAAUGCCGAGUCUGUUCCAGCCUACAUCAGCCGGCCCAUCGCUAUUUACACAUCCCGGGAUUUCAUCUUCCAAGCCUCUCUUCUCCACUGCGAACCCCACUGUCCAGCCCACGUCGGAAACGAGGACUAAAAAUUCCGACGAAGGGGACUAUGAAACCCGAGACGAGCCCAAGCUCAAGAAACCUGAUGAGGUUGUAAAGAUUGGUGGCAAGGAAAAGGAAACGACCACGGCGCACGUUACGUCGCCCGAGCUUGCCAAGGCCUUAACUCAACAAGUUGAUACUCCGGAGGAACCUCUUCAACUGCCGGCUUUCUCUAGUUCCCAGAACCUAGAACCUCCCGCCGAGGAGACCGAGGCAGAACGUCAGGCCAACUGGAAAGAGUUCAUUCGAAAAACGUCUGAGAAACAGAAGAAGGAAGUCGAGGAACAAGCAAUGAGCCGGAAAAGAGCAUUAGAUGAGUGUGCCGAGACUGAGAAGACUCGAGAGAGAUCUAGUUCGAAGGUUCUCAAGACAUCGGGGUCGAGUGAAUCUUCCCCUAUAUCCAAGAAGUACUCCCUUGCCGAAGCAUACGCCAAAGCACUGCCAAAACUGCCGUGUCUGGAUCGCGUCAAAGCCUUAGUCGAGCGCAAGACGCCAGCCGAUGAUGAAACCCAGAUCUCGAAGCCACACAAUCGCCAAGUUGACGAAGAUGAGCUUUUGCUGAAUGCAGCUCGGAUCGCAGCAGAACGACUCCGCACGGGGCCAAAGAUUUUUGAUCCCUCGCCUGAGUACGAUCUACGGCGCUCCUCGUACAGCCCUUCUGCUAGCUACUACAACUCUCCUUACUCGCUGAGCCAGUCCCCUCGACCUCAUGGGUACAAGGUGGUGCAUGCGCCAAAUGUACCAGAAGGCCUCGGCCGAAGCAUGUCUGCAUCGGAGCGACGAAUCCGGGCGACUGGAGCCCACGGCCUGGCCUACAAGGAGCUGGACUUUUCGCAGGUGGAUAAGCGCAAAGAGAAGCGCAAAUAUUUGAACAGUGAAUAG